UGUUUUACCAAGCGGACCCCCACAUUUCCUUUGCCCAGACGUGUGCAAAUAUCAGCACACAGAACAUUUAGAAAGUGUUUUACAAGGUUGGCCACCUGUCCCCACUCUCUAUAAUGCCCCAGUGUUUGCAGCAUCUGCAGUGAACGUGAUGGCAGCCCAGUCGGUUUCCAUAGACAAGUACCCAAAGGGAGAGCAGCAGAUGCAAGGUGCAAUAAAGCUAGACGGCGACUCUGAGCAGAAGUUUAUUGAGGGGACAUUGGUGGAGGUGCCCAGCCCAGCACCCACAGAGCCACAGACACCCAUGGACGCGGACAAAGCCUCAAUUUAUCGGCAUCCCCUGUUCCCUCUCUUGGCCCUGCUGUUUGAGAAGUGUGAACAGUCCACCUUAAGCUCUGAUUGCAUCACCUCUGCUAGCUUCGAUGUGGACAUUGAGAACUUUGUCCGCAAUCAGGAGAAAGAGGGCAAACCCUUCUUCAGCGAGGACCCUGAACUCGACAACUUGAUGGUGAAAGCCAUCCAGGUGCUGCGGAUCCACUUGCUGGAGCUGGAGAAGGUGAGUGACCUUUGUAAGGACUUCUGCAGCCGCUACAUUGCCUGCCUCAAGACUAAGAUGAACAGCGAGACUCUGCUGAGUGGAGAUCCAGGAAGCCCGUAUUCCCCCAUACAAGGCCAGGUCCAGGGCUUUUCACCCACCAAGACUCCAGUAUGCACUACCCCCAGCUCUAUCUCGGGAACCAUCAGCCCCCAGGGUCAAAUUGUGGUGCCGGCAUCAGCCCUGCAGCAAGGGAAUGUUACUGUGACAGCCGUAAACCCCACCCAGGUUGUAGCAGGUAUGUCCCCAUGGCAUACAACCCCUUCCUCAGGUGGCACAGUGUACCAGCCUGUUACAGUCGUCACUCCUCAGGGCCAAGUGGUAACACAGGCUCUUUCUCCUGGGACAAUACGCGUCCAAAACAAUCAGCUCCAGCUGCAGUUUCACCAGGAUCUGAACCUCUUUAAUCACGAUGACAACUCAACCAAGAACAAACGUGGCGUUCUACCCAAACACGCCACCAAUGUCAUGCGCUCGUGGCUCUUCCAGCACAUCGGACACCCAUAUCCAACCGAGGAUGAAAAGAAACAGAUCGCCACUCAGACAAACCUGACACUUCUCCAGGUCAACAACUGGUUUAUAAAUGCACGGAGGCGGAUCCUGCAGCCCAUGUUAGAUGCCAGCUCUUCUGAGACACCAAAAGCCAAAAAGAAGACUCCUCAAAAUCGGCCACUGCAGCGCUUCUGGCCUGACUCCAUUGCUGCAGGAGGGGGCACCCAACAACAAGUUACCAUGCCAGAUGGUACAAUGGUGACAAUGAACAUGGAGAGUCUGCAGAGCCUGACGUCAGAUGGCGCCACGCUGGCGGUGCAGCAGGUGAUGCUGGGAGGCCACAGUGAAGACGAGUCGGGGGACAGUGGAGACGAGGACGAUGACGCAGACAUGGCCGGGCUGGGCCUGGACAACAGCGACUCAUUGCAGUAGAGGACACACACCCUCACCCUUUGAGCUUCACAUACACACAAACCAUGCAUAAAUAGGUCUAAAGAUCAAGACACGAUGAAUCAUAGUACAAACAGACACACAUUAGGUUUACAUAGAGCACAAAACAACAGGACAUAACGGUUCUGCACUCUUCCAACUCUCCCCUGCUGAACAGUGGUUUAUGCUGUGUAUGUGUACAUCAGGAGGUUCAUUUCUGAAACCGUUUUUUAAUGAUUUAGUUGAUGUAUGGGAGUGCACUUUUUUGUAUAUUUAAGCUCAAAAAGAUUGAAUCAAACAAACAGAAGAAAAAAAAAGAAGUGUUUAACACUCGAAGCAAGUUUGUAUGCUCCGUUAAUAAAUCUUGACUGAUUUAUGUUAUUUUCUUGGCCCCUGUUCCCCAUCUGCUGUUGAAUUUUCAUUUUGGAUGCCAACAAUUUAAAGUUGUAUCUGUAAGGGUUUGUCUUCACUUUUUUGCAUGCUUGUGUUUUAAUAGAUGUGUGCACUCUUGCGACUGACUCCACGGCUGUCACACAGGCCCCUGCAGGCCAAGCAGAGCCCAAGUGGAGAAAUUUAAAAAACAAAAAAAGAGAGAGAUGCUUAUUUUUAUAUACAAACGUAUGAAACUAGUGUUUUUUUGUUUAAUUUUUGUGUUCUCCUGUUUUGUAAGGAAUAUUUAUGUACAGAUUGAUAAUUAAAGCUAGUGACCCUGUUUUCCAGGGUUCUUUGAAGUUUUCUAAAAAAGAGAAAAAGGAAUUGAAUGCUGAUGAAAAUUACUAUUUAAAUUGGUUUUAAACUUAAAAUACUAACAAGGCCUUACCUGUGUUCUUUUCUAAAGAAUUAUUGCCAAGAAGCACAAAAACAAAGUCUGACCCUUGGUCCUUGGUAAAUUAGUCAUAAUGACACUAAACUGAAGAACACUGUGUGGUUCUGUGAAGCAUCGUUAAUAAUUUCUUUGUGCACUGCAACAUCCCACUUACCUGAAGAGUUAUUUUUCACAGUAACCUAACUGCAGUGCUCAGAUUUCUUUAGAUACAGCUCAAGUUUUACCCUCAUUGUGUAUACCAUAUAUUGUGUCUUUUAAUAAUUUUACAGUAGUAGCAUACUUUCUCAAAUGCACAAUCCAGAACACUAUGCUAAUCACACAAUCACAAGGGUCUGAGGAACCACAGUGAGAUAUGACUUCCAUCAUAAACGACAAGCAUCGGACUUUUUGCACGCAUUAAACUUUUAUUUAUGUACACGUACAUGCUACUGUAUUGAAAACAAAGGGCAGUUGGAAAGUUGGGCUCCUUGUUCAUUGCCUGCCUGAAGGACUGGGACUAUGUGCUGCAGCCCCUGUGGUCCCCCUGCCACUACAUGCAUAUGUAGUGAAAGAUUUUGAAAUCUCUAUAUCAAUAUGUUGAUAUUACUUCCCAAUUUACGAUGCCUCUUGUUUGAAUAUCUGUAAUAUUGUACUGUACAACAAUUGUCUUUUAAUAGUUGCAGUAAUCUGGUUCAUAUCCCACUUGUAAAUUUGAGACUUGAAAUGGUUAAUUUCAUGCAGCCUAAGGGUGUAGUGACGUUGGAGGGCUCUCGCUGAGCUCUUGGUUCCUCAUUUGCAUCGGUCUUGCUUUUUAUGAAGCGUUAUUCACUUUCUUGUCUGUUUUGCCUUAGAGCUUUCUAUUUUGGAAUAAACGAUGCCUAACUCUC